AUGGAACUGAAGGCUGAGGAGGAAGAGGUGGGUGGCGUCCAGCCAGUAAGCAUCCAGGCUUUCGCCAGCAGCUCCACACUGCAUGGCCUGGCCCACAUCUUCUCCUACGAGCGGCUGUCUCUGAAGCGGGCCCUGUGGGCCCUUUGCUUCCUGGGCUCGCUGGCCGUGCUGCUGUGUGUGUGCACCGAGCGCGUGCAGUACUACUUCCACUACCAUCACGUCACCAAGCUCGACGAAGUGGCUGCCUCCCAGCUCACCUUCCCUGCCGUCACUCUGUGCAACCUCAAUGAAUUCCGAUUUAGCCAAGUCUCCAAGAAUGACCUGUACCAUGCUGGAGAGCUACUGGCUCUGCUUAACAACAGGUAUGAGAUACCAGACACUCAGAUGGCUGAUGAAAAGCAGCUGGAGAUAUUGCAGGACAAAGCCAACUUCCGCAGCUUCAAGCCCAAGCCCUUCAAUAUGCGUGAGUUCUAUGAUCGAGCAGGGCACGACAUCCGAGAUAUGCUGCUCUCCUGCCACUUCCGAGGAGAGGUCUGCAGUGCUGAAGACUUCAAGGUG